GGGUUUACAAGCCUCCAUGUGUCUGUGACGUAUACAGACGAUGGCGCUCCGUUCUUCUUUGUAACAAACAGGGAAGAGGAAAAAGAAGAGGAGCAACAAGUGGAAAAGUGUCUCACAUGCUGAGUCUUUGCACUUGGAGCAGCAGCAGCAGCAGCAGCAGCAGCAGUAGCAGUAGUAGUAGCAGUAGUAGCAGUAGUAGCAGUAGUAGUAGCAGUAGUAGCAGUAGCAGUUUGAUGUUUUCCAUCUGAAGAUGUUCACGUUCAUCAUCUUCUGUCACAUUUGUUUCCUGAACACCGCUCUGAUCCACUGCAGUGGAUACUCCACAGCUACAGCAGUGAUCCGUUUUUCAGUCCCGGAGGAACACCACAUCUGUCUGCGGUGUGGCGGGUCCGACAGCUCUGAUGUGGUCUGGACUCAUCGGGACAGGAAGGUGGUGACUCGACGUGGCAGUGACGAGGCCAACGACGACCGCCAACGCUACAUCCUGCAGUCCGGCGGUGGCCUCUGCAUCCGGCAGCUCGAAGAAUCUGACGGUGGGAAGUUUCGCUGUAACCAGCGGCUGGUGGCUGAGUUGCAGGUGCUAACAGGCUUUGACUUCGCUGUGUCUGCAGGCCGGACGCUGCUGCUCCCCUGCAGCGACUCCACCAGAGCCAUGAAGAAGUGGUCCCACCAGAGGGAAGGAGCGCGCCGGUGGGUGCCCGUCCUCACCCGGUUCAAAAACGGCACGGUGAGAUCAGAGAGGACGCGGCACAGCCUCAGGAACGAUGCCUUGCAGAUCGAGGACCUUCAGAUCGAGGACCUGCAGCCGGAAGACGCGGGACAGUAUAAGUGCAACGGAGAGCUGCUGGCCAGACUCACCGUCCUGGCAGUGCAGCCGGAGUCGACCAGCAUCGAGCAAACCACCAGUACAAUCACAACAACUGCUGUCACAGAUGUGGUUGAAACAAAGACCAAGGAGUGGAAGAAGAGACCUGAGAAUGCGCUGCUGAUGGUUGCUGUCGUCGGGUUGGCGGUAAUGAUUCUCCUAAUGGCCGCCGUCUGUGUUUUACUGACCGGCAUGAAGUGCAGGAGGAAGAAGAAACGCAGAUGUGCAGCCCAGAGGCAUGAAGACACGGAGCUGCAGCCGUGGAAUACGUCCAACACUCAAAUUGAGUGUGAGGUUUCCGAGAGUCCGUCCCUGCCGGAGGAGACUAUCCAUUACGCCUCUCUAGGCCGACAGAACUGGAGGGAGAGACCUAGCAGGCCUCCACCGGACCAGAACCACCACGACGUCAUCUACUCUUCGGUCAUCACCAGACCGGCCGCCAAACAGAAAGGCUUUCUGCUGCAUCCUGUUGCAGCCCUCUGACAGUCAGGAGUGCAAUGAAAUGUUAAAUAUGAAACCAUGAGAGGCUGUUUUUCAUCUUAACCUACAUGUUAAUGCACUUUCCUACAGUACUGUAUGUAUCCCAAUGUGAUUAAAACACUGAUUUAUGUACCGUGUAUACCUAUUUUAACUUAACCCAAUUGUCCCUUUAAGUGAAAUUUCCCUCACAACACCUAUUAAAAACACAUCAGUACAUGAA